AUGACAAGCUUAUUGACCGGGGCUGUUUUCGGCACGGGUCUCACCCUCUCGGGCGUGGCAAACCCACAAGUCAUCAGGGAUCAAUUCAGCCUCUCCGACUUCCACAUGCUCGCCACCUUCCUCACAGCCUCUGCGACGAGUGCCGUCGUCUUCUCGGCCUACAACAAGAUAUCCACGUCGCAAAUCCCUGCCAAAUCAGCAUCCAGGCUCGGCCGAUACAACGGCAACCUAAUCGGUGGCACAAUGCUCGGUCUGGGGAUAAGCUUAACCGGCGCAUGCCCCGGAACGGUCCUCGUGCAGGCGACGGCCGGUAUUGGACACAGCAGAUUGCUCGCGUGCACAUGUUUCCUCGCAGGGAUUGUUUGGGUCAAGAUCAAGCCGCUGCCGCCGACAAGCCGCGCCGAGAAUAACACUUUGAUGCUUAUUACCGGAUGGUCGGCGAACAAAGUUCUUGUCGCGUAUGAGAUUACGUUGUUGGGUAUCUUGGCUGCGAUUUUGGCUGUGGCGCCGCGUAGUGAGACGUUGCUGCAUCCGGUUGUCGGUGGGUUACUCAUUGGUGUUGGACAACUUGCUUCUGUUCUUUUUACAAAGAAGCCGGUUGGUGUGAGCGGUGCUUAUGGAGAGUUUGGGAAUAUGUUCUGGGAUGUUGUUAGUGGGAAGAUGGUCAAAUCAAUCCCCGAAAGUAUCUUAUUCGCCGGCGGGAUCAUUGCGGGCUCUUGGUUGACUAUGGUCCAAGUCCCUGCUUUACGGGACGCUAUGGUCAGCAGUCAAGAACAAUCCUUGCCAAGGUUGAUCCUGGGAGGAAUUCUGCUGACUUUCGGCGCGCGUACGGCUGGCGGAUGUACGAGUGGUCAUGGUAUCAGUGGUAUGGCGAGCAUGGGGGUCAGCUCCUUCAUCACAAUCGCCGCCAUGUUUGGCUCUGGAGUUUUGCUCAGACUUGUAUUCCCUUAA